AUGAGAGAGAGAGAUAAUACAAGCAUCCAAAUUGCGAAUCACUAGAAAUUGAGAUGCAAGCAAAUAUUCGAAAAUAAUGUGUGUAACAAUUUUUUAAAUAGAUAGAUGGGAGUAGCAAUUAAGCGGAGUGACGGAGUUACACGAAUUGAGGGGGAAUUGAUGACUUUGAAAAGUGGACUUCGGCUUUAAAUUUUUAGUAAUAAUAAAUAUUCAUACAUAAUUAUAUUGAAUACAUUAUGA